CCAGGAUGGUAUCCAUCGAGGGAGAAAAGCGGCCGUCACCGUUCAGUGUCGAAAGCAUAUUAGAACGAAAAGAUGAUAUACUCAAGCCUCUCCCGAUGGCGCCAUCCGCGGCAGCUACAGUCGUGCCAAUGACACCCUAUCCGGUGAGGCUCUCACAUCCAUUCGAGACGGCGAUGCUCUUCUUUGGCCAGCCCAGAUUACCAGCCCCACUGUCCGAUAGUUCCCCAGAAUCUAUCGUGUUUUCGCCACAUUCCAUUUCCUCUUCGCAAUGGAUGAAAUCAUCUCCAAGCACGCAAAGCACCCCUCCUUUGAAUGAAGAUGCAAAAAUCCAAAUGGGCCUGAACAAAUGCAUGCUUCGAAAGCACAAGAACAACAGAAAACCGCGAACACCGUUCAGCACGCAGCAGCUCCUUUCCCUCGAGAGGAAGUUCCAACAAAAGCAGUACUUGAGCAUAGCUGAGCGGGCCGAGUUCAGCGCUUCACUGCAACUGACUGAAACGCAAGUGAAGAUUUGGUUCCAGAAUCGCCGAGCCAAGUCGAAGCGGCUCCAGGAGGCAGAGGUGGAGAAGGUGAAGUUCGCUCAAGCGAGUGCUCUGGCGGCAGCGGCAGUAGUCAACGCUCAGAACGACCCGUCGAAGACGUUCCUCACGUUCGGAUAUCCGGCCCAGUGGUGACGGCUGGAUCCGCGCACGGUCUAGCGUACGUCUCUGAGCGAAUUUCGUUUGUUCAUCUCAUCUUCGUGCUCUACUUGCAAUCCAUUCCUCUGUCGUUGUGAGACUUUGAAACGUGUUUCCAAAAUAAUCCAUUUUAUGGUGCAUAUAUAGCUGAACAUAGCCAAAGGGUAACUAUGUACAUAAAUAUGACUAUCCCACAGAAUCGUUGUUCAAUUCUGAGUUCUUUGGAGAGGGAUUUGAAGCCAUGGAUGUACCUGUGGUGUCUGCGCGACCCGAUUCUGCCGUUCCCACGUUCUCUCCAACUAAACCCCUGACAAAAGUCGUUUCUUCAGCGAUCGGAUGAGCGAAAAUGCUGCGGCUCACGUUCGCACUGAUAGGUAUGACAAGAGCGAAAUCGCAGCCGUAAUUCCACUUUUUCUAUUUGAAUGAAAGCUUUUGAUGACGCCGCGCGCUGCAAUAUUCACCAGGUUCUGCAGAAGGGAGGGGAGAGAGUGGGAUUAGCAUGAUCGUCAGCUCCUACUCUUCUUACAUUGUAUAAUGAUAUUCAGAGAAUCAUCGUGCCAGUGCGUAUAUAUUGUUCGCAUGUUUCGCCAUCGUCUGUGUUUGUCAGUGUCAUUUAUAUGGUUUCGACUUGAUUACACCUUGCUCUCAAGCUUAAACAGAGCUAGUCUGUUAUAGAUUCUUUAUUCCAAUAAAAC